AUGCAGCGAUCUUCUUUCGCCCCUAUCCCUGCGCAGUCGCCGCCGCUCCAUCACCCCGUCCCACAACAUGUCUCGACAGUGCCGAUGAUGCGCUCACCACCACCGCCAACGUCGCAGUCGCAGCAGACUGGCUAUGAUAACCAUAACCCAUACCAGCCGGCGCCCGCUCAGGGCGGCAGCGGUCCGUUCACGCCCAAUUUCGGCGGCUUCAUCAAUGAUCCCACGGCUCAGAUGGGCUUCCAGGUUGGCAAGACGGCCAUGGCCGCAGGCCAGGAAUACAUGGAGCAAAACUUCAAUCGAUAUGUCUCAAUCCCUGCCCUCAAACACUACUUCAACGUCUCGAAUACGUACGUCUUGAGCAAACUCGUCCUUGUGCUCUUCCCAUGGCGUCACAAGCCUUGGUCUCGACAGCAGGCCCGGAUGGCUUCUGCGGUGGGCCCCGAGGGUCAAAUCCAGCAGCAACAUUAUGCCUCAGUCUUUCUCCCUCCCCGUGACGACCUCAAUUCGCCAGACAUGUACAUCCCUACCAUGGCAUUCGUCACAUAUAUUUUGCUCUGCACCGUCUUGGCCGGUCUCCGUGGAAGCUUCCAUCCAGAGCUGUUGGGCUCAAUCACAACGACGGCACUAGCGGUUGUCAUCUUUGAGAUCCUUGGUUUGAAAGUGGCCAUGUAUAUUCUUAGUAUCAGCAAUGACUCGCAACUGCUUGACCUCGUGGCAUACUCUGGGUACAAGUUUGUCGGUAUCAUCGUCACCUUGCUUGCGGCUGGUAUUCUUACUCCAUCUCGCGGCACCGGUGGUAUGGUUGGCUGGAUAGUGUUUGCCUAUACCUUCCUUGCAAAUGCUUUCUUCCUGCUUCGUUCCCUGAAAUACGUCUUGCUUCCUGAUUCAACCGGCGAUGCGCCAAUGCGCUCCGGCACCAUGCACAUUGUCGCACGCGCCCAGCGCAAUCGCCGUACUCAGUUCCUCUUUAUCUACUCUUACGUGGUCCAGUUCGUUUUCAUGUGGAUUCUGUCAAGAGAAGGACCCCCAGCCGCACAGGCCACUGCAUCUUAA